AUGAGACACGGCAUCGCCAAGCUUGGUCUCCCAGUACUGAAGCAACUCAAGAAACCAUCCGCCUACACCCCAUUCACAUCCCGCCAGAUCCACAUCUCAAACAUGCCCAGGGCAAAGCACAACGAUGUUGAGGAAUUCCACAAAGCGCUGAAAUCAAGCAAACGCAUCCUUGCCCUUUGUGGCGCCGGCCUCUCUGCGUCGUCUGGUCUGCCGACUUUUCGCGGUGCCGGAGGCCUGUGGCGCAACCAUGAUGCCACUUCGCUGGCUACCAUGAACGCGUUCCGCAACGACCCCGGACUCGUGUGGCUGUUCUACGCGUACCGGAGACACAUGGCACUCACUGUCAAGCCCAACCCGGCCCAUUACGCACUGGCUGCUUUGGCCGAGAAGAACCCGGACUUCUUGUGUCUCACGCAGAACGUCGACGAUCUCUCGCCGCGAGCCGGUCACAACGUAGAACAACUCCGCCGCCUACACGGCAGCCUCUUUGAUAUCAAGUGCGCCAAGUGCGACUACGUCGAACGCAACAACACCGCCGACCCCCUAUGCCCAGCCCUUGCUCCCGCAUCGAAGGAUGUAAAGGACCCCAAUGAAACGCUACCCCUCCUAGACCCAAAGAAAAAGCUCCCCAAGAUUGACGAUGCAGAUCUCCCGCACUGUCCGUCCUGCAAGGAAGGCCUCCUGCGCCCGGGUGUGGUCUGGUUUGGUGAGAGCCUCGACGCGGGGAUGCUCGACGGCGUGGAUGAUUGGAUUGAAAAGGGAAAGGUCGACCUGAUGCUCGUCAUCGGCACAUCUGCGCAGGUAUGGCCGGCUGCCGGGUACAUCCUCAAGGCGCACAAGGCCGGCGCGAGGGUGUGUACUGUCAACCCCGAAGCUGAGGAUAAGAACCAGAUUUCCAAAGUCAAGCCUGGAGACUUUGCAUUUGGAAGGGAUGCUGCGGAGGUGCUGCCGUUGUUGCUGGAGCCGGUCAUUGGGAAGAUUGACGAGAAUGGAAGGUACUCUUGA